CUCUCUCUCCUUCACGUGAAGCCUCGCACGAGUGCAAAGCCGACAGCCAGCGCCACCACCAAAACGCAAGGCGAAAUGGUGGCCAAGUGAAGUGGUGGCGAACUGCUCCCUCCUCUCUCUCGCCAUUGCUCCCUCCAGUCUCUUGCUCUCUUCCAUGCGUCCUCUCCGCUGCGGCUGCAGUGUUGCACUUGCAUGUUCCUGUGAAUUGUGAGAGGGUAGUGGCCGAACGAGCUCGCCGGACGGGAGGAAGAAGAAGAGCUCUCAAUGUGUUGCUACGUGGGCAAGGCUACCAAGAUCUUCCUGUGCCUCGCGGCGGCGCUCCUCGUGGCGGGCCUCGUCCUGGGCUUCGGGCUGGCACACCGGACGUGGGGCGAGCGGAAGGUCCAGCCCGACUGCCGGUGGCCCGACUGCCAGCUCCAGCAGCCGGCUUACGGCGGCGGCGGCGACCAGCUCCCGGCCACCGCCACCGCCGCCGGCACCGGCGCCGGAGACACGCCACCCAGCGCGCCGCUCACGGAGCCGGCCGUGGCCGCGUUCCCCGGGGUCGCGUCGGCGUCGGCGUCCUCCGCCGCGCCGCCGACGGCGAGCAUGCCGUACCUCUCGCCGCCCAGCCCGUUCGCCGUGGGCCUCGCCCCGGCCCACGCGUGAGCGCAACAGCUAUAGUAGUUGGUGGUUACUGAAUAAUCUUUGGUUUACUUUUUUUCUGCUGUAUUUUUCUGAAUUUUUAAAUAUGACUGUGAAUUAUUUCUACAGUUUAGAAUUUUGUCUGUUUGA